GUCGCAUCUCCAACACCUUGCACAACCCAACACACAUUCAAUCAAUCAACACACACAGGCUCACGCCUCUGCACAGCGACAUCAGCUCCUCCUCCCCCCCGACGGCGCAUCCCCCCUCUCCCAGCAAGCUUCCCCCCCGCAAACACGGGGAUGCAUCAUUCUUAAACUCGACCCGCCUCGCACCUCCCCUUCCUCCCCCACCUCCCCCUUCUCCACACACCACAAACUCCUCCACAACACACUCUCGUCCAUGUCAAACCCUCCUCCCGGGUUGGGAGGCGGGGUCGCCAGGACUGGCCCGCCGCCCGGCUUUGCCGCUGCUGGCAACGGCCCAGCCGGCAGCACCAAUGGCAACAAUGGCGGCUCGGCGGCUGGCGGCCCAGCGAGCCCAGGUGGAGCCAGCGGCACAGCUGCCAUUGUGCGCGCCCAGAUCGUCUUCCUCUUGACCACCUUUACCGAGGACUCGUUUGACAAGGCAGCGUCCGAGAUCAGAGCGCUCGCCUCGACCCACGGCCCAGAAAUGUACCACCACUUUGUGCGCCGCACCGCCGUCGUCGCCGCGCCAGUCAUUCAGGUCCUCGUCCAGCACUCGCAGCAGUACAAGGAUGACCCGGCGGCCCCGCCCCCGCAGAUCCCGACGUCUGGGCCGGCGGCGCUUGCCUGGCGUCUUCUCGCGACGGAGGCUGUACGCGCCGCACGCGACGUGGCGUUGGCUCCCCACUUUGUGCUCACAAUGCUCUCGCCCUCGCAGGGUACGCCCCUCCCACUGCCCUCGCUGCGCCUAUUUAACCUCCCACCCGCCGUCAUGUUCUCUCUGUCGGCUCUCACCCUGUCAAACCCACAGGUCUUCCCGUCCACCCACCCCUCACACGACCUCAUCCUCCAGACGCUUCACCAGACAUUCCAGUCUGCGACCGAGCUUCUCAGGUCGACGGUGCCGUUCUGGGCGACCAACAUUCCCAACCUUCCUCAGGACGACUUGACACUCCAGGAGGCGCGCACGUUGAUGCUCGCGGUCUACCCUCGUCCUUCGAGCUCGGGCAGCACCACGGGCGCUCCGUCGAGGCCCCCUACGCCGACCAACCCGACGUCGCCGCACCCGUCGCCUCUCAACUCGCCCCAGCGAGGCUACCUGCUGCAGUCGCUGACCAUCAAGUUUACAUCGCCCGCCAUCGUUCUCCAGACGCUGUCGACGCUUUCCCCUGGUGGCCCGCCCCGCACCCCUGGCUCGAUUCCCCUCGAGGACAUUCUGUUUGAGCUGGGCGACAACCUGACUGGCGACUCUAGCACCGUCGAGGCGGUCAUUUCCCGCUGGUGGGGUCCCUAUUUGUUGGAGGAACCAAACCAGCAGGCCGUCACCGAUGAGAUCAUCCGCACUCUCCACGGCCUGUGCCAUGGACUGCAGGACGGCCGCGCAGUCGACUUCCACGGUGUCAUAAGCGGCAUCUGCGCGACCACCUCGGUGCCUUGGAUCGACAUUGUCAGCUCGUUUGACAUGCCCCAGUCACCUCUGGCGCAUCCUUCGGCGCUCCCCCUCGCAGCGAGCCUUCUUCUGGUGCCUCCGCAGACCCCUGUCUCGCCCUUGGCCGGGCUUCUUCCUGCCUCCCCGAGCGCCCCCAGCUGGACAAACCUCUCGUCCCUCCUCUACGUUCUUCGCAACCUGUCAACCCUGGCGCCCGACUCGCUCCCACUGUUCACGCUUCCCACUUCUCCUUCGCCGGAGACGGUUGCGCGCAUCGUCGAGCCGUACGCCCCCGACGCUCAUGUCAGCAAGAUUGUCCGCCAGCAAGCAAAGGACGUCCAAGCUGCCGGUCUGUGGAACACUCUGGGCUUGAUUCAGGUCCUCAUCAAGGCGUGCGCCCUUGCCGACUCGGAGGACGCCAGUGACCGCGAGGAGCUGGUCGACAUUGGCCGCCGCGCCACCGAACUCCUCGACCGUGCUGCCAGCCUCGCCCCCGAGCUGGUGUUGAUUGCCUUGGAGAAGCUCCCCAAGCCUCUCCCUGCUCCCAUCACCACCAUGCACUCCAAGAUCCUCGAGGUUUACCUCAUCAACCCGCCCUCGGCUCUGGCGUCGGCACAGCUCGUGUUCCAGAAGCUCUGGGAGCUCAACCCCGCUGGCCUCCUCGAUGUUCUCGCAGAGUUCUACGGCGAGGACGAGAAUAAUCUCGGCAAAGUUGUUGAGAUCGCUUGGGACCUCCAGAUCCUCGAUCGUCUUCUCGCCAGCGACAACCUGCACUUUGCCCUCGAUGUGGCCUCGCUCUCAUCCAGCAAGGAGUACUUCACAUUGGAGGACUGGCUGGCCGACAGCGUUGCGGUCAACGGCGAUGACUUCCUCCAGGCCAUGUUCGACUUUGUUGAGCACAAGGUUCGCCUUGAGAUUGACCACCAGCACCAGCCCGAGUCGGUCCCGCCGCCUCACUUCACGCUCUCGGACGAGGCCUACUCGAUCUUCAUCCGCGUCAUUCGCAACGCUGAGAACCUGACGGCCGAGGACAUUCGCCGCUUCAAGACCCUGCGCACCGAUGUCCUCAUCCUCCACCCUCGUCUCCUCAACCUCCGCCCGGGUUCCAAGGACGAGCAGGGCUUCCAGGUCGCCGCGUACAGCAAGGCUAUCACCAGCCAGGUCGACGAGAUGUACCGCCAGAUGUACAGCGAGGAGAACGACCUCACCCUCGACAAGGUUGUCGAGGACCUCAAGGCUUACCAAAAGUCGGAUGACCACCACGAGCGCGAGCUCUUUGCUGCCGCCCUCCACUCGCUCUUUGACGAGUACAAGUUUAUCAAGACCUACCCGCAGCGCGAGCUCGCCAUGACCGGUAUCCUCUUUGGAGCCAUCAUCGACUACCGCCUGGUCAAGGACACGCCGGCCUUUGUUGCCACCCGCUACGCCCUUGACGCCUGCAAGACGCCUCCCCAUGAGCCCCCUUACCAGUUUGGCAUCAGUGCUCUUAGCGUCCUUCGAGCCUCGCUCGUCGACUUCCCAGGCCUCUGCCGCUCGCUCCUUGAGAUCCCCGCUCUCCACGAGUCGCACCCGAGCUACAUCAACGACAUUCACGCCGCUCUCACCGAGCGCGAGGAGCUCGACCUCCAGGGCGGUGUCAAGCUUGCCUUCCCUGCCCUCAAGCUGCCCAUCCUCAUCGAGGAGGGUGACGACGAGUUCAGAGAGCCCGAGCCCAAGCUGCGUGACCAGUUCAUGUUCAUCAUCAACCAGAUCGCGCCGAGCAACUACGAGCAAAAGUCGCAGGACCUGCUCAAGAUCUUUGAGCCGCAGUACUCUCGCUGGUUCGCACACUACUUUAUCGACGUGCGUGUCAGUCUCGAGGCGAACCGUCACGACCUGUACAUCCAGCUGCUCGACCUCAUCAGCUCGCCUCUGCUUGAGAGACACGUCUUGUGGGAGACGUACCGCAAGGCUCGUGACCUUCUCAACGCCGAGUCGACCGUGGCUUCGUCGGCCGACCGCACGACUCUCAAGACUAUCGCCUUGUGGCUGGGCCGUAUCACGCUCGCCCGCCAGCUGCCGAUCAAGCACCGUGAGCUCACGAUCAAGGACCUCCUCGUUCAGGGCUACGACAACAAGCGCCUCAUCGUUGCCAUUCCCUUCGUCUGCAACAUCAUGAUUGCGUGCAAGGACUCGCCGGUCUUCCACAUUCCCAACCCGUGGUUCCACGCGAUCAUCAGAGUCCUCGUGGAGCUGUACCACUAUGGCGACCUCAAGCUCAACAUGAAGUUCGAGAUCGAGGUGCUGUUCAGCAAGCUCGACAUCCAGCUCGAGUCGGUUGAGCCGUCCGACCUCAUUCGCACCCACACGCCGCCGCCUCAGCCCCAGACUGCGGUUCCCAACCGUCUCGAGCUUGAGCUUCAGCGCCAGCUUGUCAGCAACGAGGUGUCCAACGGCGGCCAGCGCUUCGCUGAGCCCUCGCUGGACGACCCCUUCGCACGCAUCCAGGCCAUGCAGAGCGAGCAGGCUGCCCAGGCUGCCCACGCCCAGUUCCUCGAGAACGUCGACGAGCUUGUGCGCCAGCUCCCCGAGUACCUCCACUUCAACUCGGACCUCGGUGUGCUCCAGGCGCCGACUUUCAAGCGCAUCGUCCUGCACUCGAUCGAGCGCGCCAUCCGCGAGAUUGUCACUCCCGUUGUGGAGCGUUCCGUCACCAUUGCGGGCAUCUCGUCUCGUGACCUGGUGCAGAAGGACUUUGGCACAGAGGGCGACUCUGGCAAGAUGCGCAAGGCUGCCCACUUAAUGGUCCAGAACCUUGCCGGCAACCUUGCCCUCGUCACCUGCAAGGAGCCCCUCCGCACCAGCCUGAUGAACAACAUCCGCACUCUGGUCGGCCAGAACGGCUUCACAGAGGAGAAUGUUCCCGACGCUGUCAUCGCCGGUGUCGUCAACGAGAACCUUGACGUUGCCUGCGAUAUCAUCCGCAAGGCUGCUAUGGAGAAGGCCGUCCGCGACAUUGACGUCAACCUCCAGCCCCAGUUUGCUGCUCGCAAGGCCCACCGCGACGCCCGCAGCCAGCAGCCCUUCUGGGACGGUGCCUCGUUCGGCGUUGCCAUCUCGCACACCGCUCUCCCCGACCCGCUCAGGCUUAGACAGGGUGGCUUGACCCCCACCCAGCUGCGCGUGUACGAGGACUUUGGCGAGAAUGCUGCUCGUGCUCUCCAGCAGCAACAGCAGCAGCAGCAACAACAGGCCCAGCAGCAGCAAGCCCAGCAGCAGCAGCAGUUGCAGUCGGCCCAUGCGAACGGUGGCGCGGACAACUACCCUGUCGGCUACCGCGACCUUGGCCUUGGCGACGGAGGCCUCCCUCCUCCCGAGGUCAAGCGUGGGCCGUCGCCCCGCUACAACGACCAGGGCGAGCAGGUUCUUCCUCCCCACGCCACUGUCGACAAGUUCCACGAGAUCAUCGCCGAAAUCGAGAAGCAGAUUGCCCACUCGUCUGCUACUUCCAUUUCGCAGCUCGAGCCCGACCACGACCUCCACUCGCUCAGCCGCACGGUCAUCGUCCUUGCCCACUCAUCGGUGCAGCGCGAGGCGACCACUCUGGCCAUUUCCCAGAAGGUCGUCCAGCUCCUGUACAAGACCGAGUCGCCUCUCGGACGCGAGAUCUACGUGAUACUGCUCAGGCAGCUCUGCCAGUACGCCCCCAAGGUCAACCGCGAGGUCCGCCAGUGGCUCGUCUACGCCGAGGAUGCUCGCAAGUUCAACGUGCCCGUCACUGUUGUUCUGAUCCGUGCCGAGUUCAUCCGCGUGGCCGAGCUCGACGCCCAGCUUGCGAAGAUGAUGGGUCGCGGCUUCACUGGAGACGUCCUUGACUUCACCGCUCAGCUCAUCCGCGAGUGCUCUCUUGACGCAAAGGCGUUCAUCCCCCGCAACGGAUUCGCCGCCAGCAUCACGGCACUCCUCAAGGCCCAGGAGGUCGGCCAGUCGACUCAGGCUGCCGACCAGCUCCUCGAGGACCUCCGCGGCGACAGCGUGGGCGCUGCCAAGCUUACGCCCAUUGACCCCAAGGUCCACGAGCGCCUGCAGCACUACUUCUUCGAGUGGGUGCGCCUGUUCUCUGAGAACCCCAACACGCCCGAGGUCUCGUUUGUGCCCUACAUCACGUGGCUGCAGAACGAGAACAUCCUUGGCGGCGAGGACGUCUCGACAGCGUUCUACACGACCGCCAUCAAGGCCGCCGUCGAGUGCGACACCAAGUCGGAGAACUGGUACGGCACGGAUGCCCUCGCCAAGCUCAUCAUUCUCAUCGUGAAGAACUAUGGGGACAAGAGUGGCCCCGGCAGCGUUACGCGUACAGUCUACUACUUCAACAAGAUUGUGACCAUCAUGUCGUACAGCCUUGUUAGGGCGCAGCUCGACACCGAGGAGCGCUUCGACCAGCGCCCCUGGACGCGUUUCUUCACCAGCAUGCUCUCGGAGAUCAACUCGAUCGAGGCCAGCCUCCCCGAGACCUCGCUUGGUUGCCUCAAGAGCAUCGCCAACGUCCUCGGCAUUGUCCAGCCUACGUACGCGCCGAGAUUCGCCUUUGGCUGGAUCUCGAUCAUUUCGCACCGCCUUUUCAUGUCCAAGCUCCUCGCUGCUCCUCGCCAGGAGGGCUGGGCCGACUACCACAGGUGCCUCAUGUGGCUGCUGCGCUUCGUUGCGCCGUUCAUCAGCUCGGCCUCGUCCGAGCUCUCGCCGCCGGCCCGCAGCCUCUACCGUGCUACGCUGCGCAUCCUGCUCGUGCUUAUGCACGACUUCCCGGCUUUCCUGGUCGAGUACUACCACACUCUGUCGACCACGAUCCCGGCCCACUGCGUCCAGCUCCGCAACAUUAUCCUUGCGGCCUUCCCGACGUCCGAGGCGGCGCUCCCCGACUGGUACAAGCGUCUCGACGAGCUCGUGCCCGACAUGCAGUCGUUCCCUCGCGUGCGCUCGGACCACGUCAGCGCCCUCAACUCGGGCAACGUCAAGAACGCCAUCGACCAGUACGUGCACACUGGCAGCCCCACCGGCGGCGCCAUUGUCGCCGAGCUCAAGAACCGCAUUGCGGUCCAGAAGACACUGCCUGAUGGCACGACGACGACCGUGUGGAACAACACGCUGCUCCACGCGACUGUCUUCUACCUCGGCACGUCUGCCGUUCAGCGUCACUACAUGACCGCUGGCGUUGCGGAGUUUGACCCCAAGGACCCCGGGGUGCUUCUCCUGGUCAACCUCGCUCACGCUCUGGACGCCGAGGGCCAGUACCUGCUGUUGUCGGUCGUGGCCGACCAGCUCCGCUUCCCUUCGGCGCACACGCUCUUCUUCGCGUCGUUCAUGCUCUACCUGUUCAAGAUCUCGACCGAGUCUGCGAUCCCCGAGCGUAUCGCCCGCGUUCUUCUUGAGCGCGUCAUUGUCGCGCGUCCCCACCCAUGGGGUCUCAUCGUCACGUUUGUCGAACUUCUCGAAAACCCGACCUACGGCUUCUGGGACCAGCCGUUUGUCCGUGCCGACGACGAGAUCUUCAUGAUGUUCCGCCGGGCGCGCCACAUCACGUUCAUCUGUGCAACACACCAUGGUUCAACAAGUAUAUACCGCCGUUCGUCCCAUCCAGGGUACCUUGCAGCCUCCGAUAUUUCCUUUCCUUUCAAUGUUUGUGACAGUAGAAUCCCCUCAACCUCGCCACUCCCCAUCAACCUGCUCGAGCUUGCGACCAAGCGUAAACGCAAACACGACGGCCACCCUACAAUCCUCAUAAAACCAUCAACUAUUGCCUCGUUGACACGCCACGUCAACGAGUAAUGAAUCCGACACCUCCGGCCGCCUGCGUGCGUUUCGCGAUGAAGUCGCUUGCGCGGGCAUCAUAGAGAGAGAGAAGGGGCUGCCGUGAGAUACCCAACUGGUCUUGAGCGCCUUUUUCCCGGCCAUCAAUACCACUGUAACUGUCAAGCCCGCGAUCCAUAAAGGUCGCCACGUAAGCUCGGCUCCUGCACGGCGGCUACAUGCCGUGUCGGGGGUUGGGUUGUGAGCCAGGCCCUUGUAUACUAGUCACUGCAAUGCAUGGCACGUCCACA